GGGUGUCUGUCACAAUGCACGACACGCGCAAAGACGGGUCAGUGACAUAGUGGUCGUUAAUGUCAUUGUACGCAUGUAGGGGCAGCCAUGACCUAUUGCCGUCAUCCUCAACUCUGGGUGCGCGAGCCGCUUCCUCGCAGUGGUCCUACAGGAAGGGUGACGACAGCAACCGCGGCAGAUUUCCCCCAAGUGAUAGAGAGGAUCAUAGCGUGGUACUCAAGAAUGCGUACCGACGUUCAAGCCGGUGACGGAGGUGACGAGGACGCGCAAGAGGAGGAUAUGCCGGAGGGGGAGUUCAUGGACGACAAGGAGGAAAGCGAGGAGGGUGAUGACGCUGCGGUGAAGGAGGUCACACGUAAGACUGCGAAUAAGAUGACGACGAAGAGUCGUGGGAAGUCCAAGGCGAGAGAGGGAGGUCCCGAUGAUGGCGAGACGGGGGGGGGGGGGGAAGAAACAUUAAGAACUGGGAUUUGGACGAUUCGCUCGUCCUGGCCCGCUGCAAAAGGGACCAGGACGAUUACAUGUUUCCAGGGGUUUAGCCUGUUGUCGUCUAAAAUGACGGGGGGUGCGGGCGGCUCUGGAGGCGGCGAUUUCGUUCCAGCGACCGACGUGCAGAUGGAUGAGCUGCGCAGGAAGUCGAGAGUGUGGCGUCAUAUGACGCAGGGUCAGAGGAUGGGGACGUGGCAGGAGAGGCACGGGGACUGCAAGCUCCGCUGCAAUUAUUGCAAGCAUGUGUGGCAGGGCAAGUUGUUCAAGGCGCAGCGGCACUUCACGCAACUGAAGAGGUGCGCGGCGGCAACGAUGGACGUGUUUGUGGACAUUUGGAACCACACAGAGUACGAGUUCGAUGACCGUCCUCACCGCGGUAUCAUGGCGUACAUGAGGGAGCAUGAUAUCGCGGAUAGACGAGCCGUGGACGUCCAUCAGGGCAGUGGCAGGGGCCGGACGGAUGGGACACAGUCACGACCACAGGAGCGUGAUGCUGUGGAGGAGGUGGAGGAGUUCCUUGCCGAGGAGGCGAGGCGAGCAGAGGCCCGGGGCGGUGAGGAGGGUGGAGGGGCAGGCCCGACACCCGAUAUGCCGGGAGAGGAUGUGGUUAUGAGUGCGCGAGGAAAGAUGCCGGUGGAGAGUGGAGUUGAGGGCGUUGUCAGGCGGCCACAAGUAGUUGCCGUGAUGUUGAGGGAGGUCCGUAGUUCGUUUGAGUCGAUAGGGGCCACCAUUUUGUCGGACGGUAGGCAGUCGCGAGACGCUAGGCCUAUAGUCAACUUCCUCGCAGCCGCCAAGCGCGGUGCCCUCUUAUACGCCACCGUCCAGCRAGACGGUUCAGUGUCCGAGACGGCACAGAUCGUCCUGAGGAGGUGGAAGGCCAUUUUUCGGUCUUUCCCUCCGAAGGACGUGUUGGCCAUUUGCACGGACUCUGCGUCGAACUACACGUCGGCCGCAAAGCUCCUUGCGAAGGACUCUGAUCUGAACACUCGCCAUAUCACUUGGCUCCCGUGUGCCACCCACGUGGCCAACUUGAUGUUGUCUGACAUCGGGACACGGGUUCCUUGGGUUACGGACACCAUUUUCAGGGCUCGGGCGUUGGUGCGAUUCAUUAAAUCGCACGGCGCGGCUUAUCCCCUGUUCAGGGUGAAAAGCCGUCGCCGCACACUUGUGCACCCAGUGGAGACGCGAUUCGCGUCUGUUUUUUUUAUGUUUGUGUGUUUGUUGGCGAGGCGUAAUGCCUUGGAGAGCAUGCUUCAUGAUGACGAGUGGGACAAGAUCCCAUGGGAGUCGUCGAAGCGUAGACAGGCUCUGUGGGUUCGACAGCUCAUCCGCUGCGCCGGUUUCUGGCGCAACGUUCAGCACGCUGUCGCAGUCACGACCCUUGUCCACCAGCUGCUGAGGAGAUUGGACAGGGGCGGCAUGAUCAUGUCCACGAUGUACUCAUGGUCACAGGAGUUGGUACGGCAGGUGGCUGCUGCUGACGUCCCUGAUGACAUGCGGGGGCCUUGCGUGGAGGUGGUGCAGAUCCGCACUAUGCAUAUGCUCGAGCCUGCGCACGCUGCGGUGCACCUGCUCAACCCCCGCAGACGCUCUCUCCGUUACUACGAGUCCGCCCGCAGGACAGCUGCGGACCUCGAGGUCGUCACCGAGUGCGACUCGUUUUUGUUGGCGCAAACAGGCGGUGAUCGUGCUAGGGAUGCAUACUUGCGGGUGCGUGAGCAGAUGCGAUCCUUCCACUCCAGGGUCUGCCACCACACAGAGAGGGUGAUGAGGGACGCCGAGGCGGAGGCCUGUGUAGGGGACGAGGAGACGAGCAGGUCCGCGUCAUGGUGGGUGGAGCACGACGCAUGCUUCCCGGACUUGCAGGAGAUCGCUGGCCGUGUGAUGCACAUGUGGAUGUCCGCCUCUCCUGCUGAGAGGAAUUGGGCAGAGCAUGAGCGCAUUCACACGGCCAAGCGCAAUAAGCUCGAAUUCAGGAAGGUCGCGCAGUUAGUUGAGAUUGCUACAAAUCUCAAACUACUUGGAUGCAGCGAGCGGAGUGGGGGGUACGUUCUUCCGUGGGGUCACAUGGCGACCUUGGCUGAGGCGCAGCCAGAGGAGUAUACACACCCGGUAGUCGCAGAUGAGGAKGAGGAGGAGGAGCCUGAGCCAGAGGAGUGGGGAGCUAGACCUCAGACAGCAGUGCUGGCACACGAGAUCGCUGCACAGGUUCAUCGCUUCCAGCAGCAGGGUGCUCGUCGACCAGCGGGGGUUGCCGAGGUUUUCGGUGCCAGAGCCGAGAUACUCCAUCCUUACGACUACGUGCCUCCACCGCCAGCAGAGCCAGUGCAGGCGUCGGAGGAGCAGACGGACUCGGAGGUCGGAGAGGAUUUGCCACCUGGUGUAGAUAAGAGUGCGGAGAGACUCUACAACACAUACGGAGGAGGAGCCGAUGGAUUCCAGCCAYGCUGCACAUUCAUUCGCGAGAGCGACGACGAUCCCAUCCCCGCCACCGAUGUAGGGUUGGAUGGUGGACAGCGAGACACGGACGACGCGGCCGCCGCCGCCGCCGACGAGCCGUUACUGCUUCGCAGAGCACGGUUGGCGCAGCAGGGAGCCGCGCGGCCCGCGCCUGCCGCCAAGGGUCUCAGGAGAUCGGCGAGGCUGCAGCAAACGCAGGCGGGAUCGACUUCAGGUGGUAGACGCGAGGCGUCGGACUACCUAGACGACAUCAGAGAUGAGGAGCAUUUGCCGAGCCAGCAUACGCCCGCCUCGACACCUCGAGGCGACAGUCAGCAGAGGGAGUUGCGCACGAGUGACUUUCAGGGCCUUGGACCAGGAUUUGCGGGCAGCGGUGUUCGAGGGAGGGCUGAUGGGCGAGAGAGAGUGGGGGAUGAGGCCGAGUACCAUCCUGUGCAGGGUGGUGGUCCAAAGUCCGUGGAGGAGCUCCAUGCUCAGAUGGAUCGAGAGGAGGAGCAGCGGCUGGAGCAGUUGCAGAGAGAGUGGGUGGGCAGAGAUAAGUACAUGGCGGAGCAGCAGCUCCCGCACGCGUUUCCAGCCGACGCAGCGAUACCCGAUACCGCAGUGCCCGAGACGUCGCCCCAGGGAGAUGUGGACUCCGGGUCUGCCGCGGGAGGAGAGUUAGGUGCGUUUGAGUAUGGCGAUCCGAUCGUGUCCGACGUCAGAAUUGGGUUGUGUGCGGCGGGCACAUUGCAGCCAGGCGAUGCAGCCACUCAGGAGGCAGUUCCCAUGGACGACGAUUCAGGCGAGUUGGAUGGACGCCGCAUACCCGAUGCGGAGGGCGAUGAUGGGGCGGGUGAUGCCGACCGUUUUGCACCUGCGCACAACACCGGUCCAGGUCGAUCGACACACGGGUCGAUUGGGGUUGACGCAUGUGGACCUGUACAGGGCGAUGCACAUGUAGACGAUGCUGGAGGCAGUAUGUCGUGGGCGUUGGUGUCGUGUCAUCCUUCACUGGUCGCGCACGAGGAUGCGUCACAUCCUGCGGAGGGUAGAGGUGGUGUUGAUGAGCAGCGGCUUCGGGUGCACGCACGACUCGCAUCCCCCCAUGGGAAACUGAGAGAGCAAGCUGUUUGCUUGAUAACCCAAAGGACAUCGUCUGUUUAUGGGAGAUGUAAAAUGAAUGGCUGGCUGUGCCUCCACUGUAGAUCUGCACUGGCGUGUAGGAGGAACUGCCGGAGCGCUGUUGCUGCCUUUAACAGAAAGAGUGGGUGGAAUCUGCUAGUGACAAAAGGACUUCGUCAGCGGACACUAGACUCAAGGACUCCUUUGAAGUCAUCGCGAUGGGCCUCUCCAAUGAUGCAAGCGGCACUGGGGGCAAAGUCUCAAGGCGCGGAAGAUGACGAAAGACACGAUGACGAAGCCGAGGGCCAUCGUCAGCAAUUUCUGGGCAGCAGAGAAGAGCCUUUGUUUGGCGGCAGUGUGAGUGGGCGGGCCAUUUACGACAGGCCAAUUUCGAUCUUCGACCGUCCGGUUCCGCUCAUCUACAAGCCGGGAUCUCGGUACUAUGGACAGAGGGAUCCGCGGUAUGAUGUCGGGGGCGGAAGGAAGAGAGAUGUCAAACGAGAGACCCAUAACCAGCAGCAGCAGCAGCAGCAGCAGCAGAGGCAGCGCACAUGGGAGGAUGACUUUGCAGAGAGCGACAGGGAUUGGGGUGACCCCGAACUCGAUAAAUUGGAUCUCCCAUUUGAUUUCAAAAAGCUAAAGUACAUGAAAGAUGUUCCGGAUAAGCGGACGAUCUCCAGGGGGCAUGCAGCAGCCGAAAGGGGCAGAGGACGGGGGCAAUAUCGUGGGAGAGACCAACCUGAGGAGGAGGAGGAGGAGGCAGCGGAAGGUUACAGUGAACCUCUGGAUCCAAAAUUUGCCAAGGGCGUUAGCAAGGAGCUUGAUGAAAUGCUGCAGCGAUCUCUGCGGGCAAAGUCCACAGGGAGUAAGAUGGGGAGGGGACAUGGUCAAAGGGAAGAGGGAGGUGCCACCAGUCUUGGCUCACAAAGGGUAUCAGACGUGAGAACUCCACGAAGUGGAGGGCGUGGGACAGGACGAGGCACCACUCCAGCAGGGUACCAAAGCGAUCCAACCCCUGGAUCUGUGGCAGGAUCGAUGCUUGGCAGAGGUAAAGGGCUGGGCUCUGUUGUUGUCAUGGGUCAGUCCAGGGGCAGGGGAAACGGACUUGUACCACCUGACUAUAGAGUGGGGGGUAUGGUGAGGGAGCAAUCAGCCUCUCCUGCUGGGUUUCAGGGGCUCGGACGAGGGAAAUCGGCAUGGGAAACAGGGUUGGGGAUUAAGGCUGGUACUGAGCGUGCUAACAAGGAGCGGGGGAGCUCAAACGACAGUGCGAACGGCUUUGUUAGUGUUUCCGAAGACCCCUUCAGCACGGCAGCUGACUGGGGUGCAGCGAGAACUAACCGGGCCUCAGCGGAGGAGGAUGAGGAUUAUGACAUCUCACUCUCGGAGCGAGGUUAUGAUGUGACUAGAAUGAGGAGAUCAGAGGGCUGGGGAGAGUCUGACAAGGUCCAUGACACUCAGGAGGAUGCAGAUUACAGGGAUUCUGACGAGAGGCCGUUGCAAGAUCUGAGGAGUGGAAAUGACGAUGUCUUUAGUGCCGACUCAUCUGCACAGCAGCUAGCCGCAGGUGAAAAGGGGCGUCCACCCUCGGCCCGCAGGGUACCGGAAAGUAAGGAAGCAGGCUAUAAGGAUCAGCCGACUACGGAGAAGAGAGUGGGGAGGGGAAGACGGCUGAGGUGGCGACAGCUCAUGGCAGCAGACGAGAAUGACGUUGCUGAGGAAACGCUGGUUAGUGAUGCUGCUGUUGCUGACAAGGGUGAGGGUGAGGGUGGGAUCGUGGACGAGGUGGAGGAGGAUGGGGAAGAAUAUGAGGAGGAGACAGAUGAGUAUGAGGAAGUUGAAGACGAAAGUGAUGACGAUGGAACCAGUCUGCGGCAUGAGGCACAGCCAGAGUCCGUCCGGGCGAAGCAAUGGGAAAUCGACUUUGACAAAAUAAGCACGGCGAAAUGGAGUCCCGUACAUUCCAUGGCAGCUGGUGGCUCAUCUGUACCGCUCGUGGAUCUUUGUCUCAAGAGGGGUCUUGAUGUUGACAGCGUGGAUAAAGACGGGCUGGUGCCGAUUCAGAGAGCAGUAAUUUGCGGACGGGAGAAGACGGUUCGGACGUUAGUCGAGUACGGAGCUGAUCCCUUUGUCAAAGAUAGGGAGGGUGCAAGUUUACUUCACUUUGGAGUGCAGGCCAAGGAGGUCGAUGUCGUCCGGUCCUUGCUGAAGUAUGGCCUAGACGUAAACCAACCAGAUAUGGAUGGAUGGACUCCUCUCCACGUUGCAUCGCUCGGAGGGUGGCCGUCAAUGAUAACGUUCUUGCUGCACAAUGGUGCCGACCCACGCGCCGUUACAAAUGAUGGGACGACGCCCCUCGAGUUAAUUGAGCGGUAUGGGCCUGGGUACAAUUUCCUGAAGGGGCAGAACGCUCUCCGCGUUGCGCUGGGAUUAGCAGAGUUGUUUGAGCAAGCCCCUGGCGCGGAACAGGCGUAUGACAAUCUUGUUGUUUCUGAUGCCAAUUCCGAUGGCGAUGCGGGACCUGAUGGUGCACUGCAGAUGGCGGCGCAGGGUGGGUAUACUGCUGAAGAUAAAGUGCGCAUUGCGGAGUUCUUCAAAAACUUUGGAAAGGAUAGGCCCCUCAAGUGGAUGCCUUUGCACACCCUAGCUGGCGCUGGAAACACGCUGCCGCUGAUCCAUCUCCUUGUGGCAAAUGGUGUCAGCAUCGAAAUGAAGGACAGGGACGGGAGGACGCCGCUGGAGAGAGCUGUGUGGUACCGCCAAGAGAACACAGCGCGGCAGAUGCUAAAGCUGGUGCUCGCCAACCCCAACGUCAAGGAUGUGCAUGGUGCCACGCCCCUCCAUUAUGCAGCACAGAAUGGGUCGAAUGAUCUCUGCAAACAACUUGCCAGGUUUGGCGCAAACGUGAAUGCCCAAGACAACGAUGGAUGGACCCCUCUACAUGUCGCUGUGCAAAUGGGCAGAUGGGACACUGUGGAGAGGCUUCUGAAGGCCAGGGCAGACUGGCAGAUAGAGAAUGCAGCGGGGCUGCGCCCAGCUGACAUUGCUCAAUGUUAUGGAAAGUCUCACGGUUUUGCUGACCUUACGAAGAUGCUGACGAAGCCACCGAAGAAGAUUGCUCAAGCAAUACAUCAAUCCAUGUUCGACAGGGGGAAGAUGAAGAAGAAGCGCAAGAAUAAGAUGAAGAAAAGGAAGAAGCGUGGUACCUAUUUCCCUCCUGAAAUUACUGCGCUUCCUCUUUAGACAGCUUUCCUAUUUUAUUUUUCCAUCUCCGUGGUGGUCCCAACCAUUACAUCCAUUGCUUUGAUCCAAUGUCGACAGUCUGGGCCUCGCUCCACUGUUUUUCCGUCUCCAUGUUGAUCGAAGAAGCGCAAGCAUAGGAGAUGAUAAGACAAAGAAAACGACGAAGCGUCGGAAGCGGUUGAUUCCCCCUUUUGGAUAAUCUGCGGGUAUGUUCACCCGCUGUUGCGCAUCAUGUUUUUGGUGGUCGUGAUGAUUUCAUUUUCCUCUUUCAUCAUGUCAUUUCUCAUUGCUUUACUUAAUCGUUUUAGGGAUACUGGGCCUCGCUCCACUACUCGCCAAAUGUGCGAAAUGAGAAUGAAUCUUCCGCUAGAAC